UCAAACUCUGAAUGAAGUUUUCAGUUCUGGAUUUUCAAAAUAAAAGUAAAACCUAAUUUCCUUUCAUUUGACUUUAAUGUUGCAUUCAAAGACAGUCUGGUGGUUUUUAAAGUGUUUGGUUCUGACCUCCGUGAGUUCAGGAGGCGCUGGACUAUCAGAGAACAGAACCAAAACUUUCUAAGAGAAAACACAGAAAGUUCUGAUAAUAAACUGAUAAUCUCUCUAGUUUUCUUUAUUAGAUUAGAUUAUAAUGAGAUUACAAUCAGCAGGUCAAAAUGUCCUGAAAAACAGAUUACAGUGCUCGUUUUAUUUUUCCAGGUCACACUAUCAGCUGAUCAACAGCUUCAGCAACAGAAAGGAGCUAUAAAAACCUCACAGCACCCUACUUCCAGCAAGUGCUACUGCUACUGCUUGGACCAAACACCACAAGAUGUCUUCAGCUCUGAUCUUCACGUUGCUCCUCUCUGGUUUGGGGAUUGGAGGAAAUAUAUUUGCUGAUGCAGAAGAAGUUCCGUGUUUCGACGGGCCGUGUGGCUUCCCACGCUGUCCUUACAGAUGGACGCUGCAUGAAGGACGCUGUUACCUGUUCAGAGGAAGUGAAUCUACCUGGGGCGACGCUGAGACCUUCUGCAAUUUGUUUAAAGCACACUUGACCUCCAUUCAACGACCAGAUCAGUACAGCUUCCUGAGGGAAUUCAUUAAGAACGCCUCAGGAACCAACACCAGAACCUGGGUCGGAGGCACCAACGCAGUACAGAACGACCUGUGGAUGUGGACCGAUGGUUCCCCCUUCACCUUCACUGCCUGGGGUUCAGGAGAACCAAACAACGUGGAUGGAAAAGAGCACUGCAUGGAGAUCAACCUGAGAGUCUUUAAGCUCAGGAACAAUGUCCUCCUGCGUCAUUACCCCCACCAAGAGGGUUAUGGUUUUGGUAUCAGUGGUUUCUUCACCCGUCUGUCUGUCUGUAACCAUGGUUAA